GACUCGUUCAUAUUAGAAUGAAGCCUGACUGUACGUCGCAAACCUUAAACCAAGUAACUUCCGAACUCUGGGUGUUAGUGAAAAUCAGCUGAUUUUUGCACGUGUCGUAUACUGUGCAUUGUACAUAAAAAAUUCGUCACUAACCAUUUCGUUUACUUAUUUCUUAUCAAUGAAGAUAACAAUAAAAGAGUGCAAAAAAUCAAUAUUUUUAAAUGAUGCCUACUUUUUGUGGCAAUUAUAUUUUUUAGUAUAUUACAUAAAGUUGAUGCAAAAAGACAUUUAAAUAGCAAUAACAAUAGAAAUAGAAUCAAAUUUUUAAUUAUAAUUAAUUUAUUUUUUUUUCUUUAAAUAUAAAAUAGAAAUGUGUAUUUUAUUUAUUUAUCGUAAUCCAGAAGCUGAUACGAAUUCUUUUCGAUUAAUUAUCGUCGCGAAUCGAGAUGAAAUGCUUAAUCGUCCAGCAAAACCUGCACAUUAUUGGGAAAAACAUCCUCAUUGUCUUGGAGGAACAGAUAUGGAACCUGGCAAAGAAGGAGGAACAUGGUUAGCAUUAUCAACAAAAGGACAAGCAGGUGCAGUUUUGACAUUAUGUGGCGAAGCAAAACCAGAAACACCAAAAGAAAGUCGUGGAUUUUUAGUUUCCAAUUAUGUCACAUCGAAUGAAUCGAGUGAAACUUAUUUAAACGAAUUAUAUCGAAUUGAUCAAGGAACUGAGAAAUAUAAUCCAUUUACUCUUGUUAUUAUCGAUUUAGUAAACGCCAAAGUAAGAUGGUUUAGCAGUCCUUCGCAUAUGAAAGCACCACAGACAAGUGAUGAGAAAAUUUUCGGAUUUGGAAAUAGUCAAUUCGAUAAACCCUAUAAAAAAGUACAAUAUGGAAAAAAAAAAUUUGAAGAACUCGUAAAAAAUGCUUCAAUAAACAAUCAAAAUGAAUUAAUUGAAAAACUAUUGGAAUUUCUCAAAUGUUCCCAAAGACAUUUACCGGAUGAAGAAUUACUCAAAAGAAGUCCAGAAUAUUAUCCAGCACUCAGUUCAAUAUUUGUUAAUUCUGAAACAAAAACUUAUGGCACAAGGACACAUACAAUUUUAUUGGUCGAUGGCUCUAAUAAAAUAACAUUUAUCGAAGAAACAUUGAUGCCUGAUGAAAGUUGGAAAACUCAAAAAUUUGAAACAUUUCUUCAAUGAAAAAAAAGAAUAAUUCUCUCAAUAAGUGUUCUUAACAAAUCUUGUCGUAUUAAUAGAAAUAAAAAUAAAAAUAAUAUUCAUUUGAUAUGAAAAAAAUAUAUUAUAUUCUAUGAAAAAAUGUGUUGAAAAAAAAUAAAAUUUAUAUAUAUAUCGUU